CCGUGUGCGGUGAAAGUCGCACGCUCGGUUCUGAGGAGGGGAAAGCCCGUAAGGGCCUACCUAUUCCAACCACCGGACUCUGCGAACACUAGCGUGGAUGGUCGUCAUAAAACUAGGCUGUACGCUGGGACGCCACCUAUACCGCUAAUACUAACGUACUCCCAAUUGGCCCUGUUAUUUGAAACAACACAACAGCCGACAUCCGGCGUCCCUUUUGGGGAUUACGGGGUUCCGGCUAAGGGCCCCCCGGCUCUCAAAUACGGCACUACCAUUCUCCCAAAGUGUCGGGAAAACAAAAAGUACGGGCGGGUUCGCGGUGAGGGGAGUCUUUGCGCGGCGAUUAAAAGCCAGUCUGCCUCUAAGUUUGGAAUACGUGUCCAACCCGAGCCGCGGAUACUGUACUUCGUACUGUAUAUAAAAAAUGUACAAAACACGCUAGGGCCAUUCCAAGACCAAACGCAAGAGUUCAGAGUUACCCGUAAACGGCAAACAUAUUUUCAACAACUGUUUGAAGGUAAGGGGCGAGUCCAGGCUAAACCUGGUUCGGAUUUCGUCUGGGAAUACGUACUCACGGGGAAAAACAGCGGUGAGCACCUUACUCAAGAGGGCAUGAUCAAAAUUGUUAAGCUCGCUUACUCGUUGAAUACUGAGGGUAAAGGAAAGGCGCGUAAGCGGACUCUCGAUGAAGUUAGAACUAUUAUCCGCGAGAAUGGAAAGCCACCAGCCGCGGAUACCACCUGCCCGUCCAAAAACGCGGCGGCUGGAGCCACCGUGGCUAAUCCACAGUGGCCGUGGCUGUGGCUGGCGGGCGGGUGUACACCCGCCAGCCAGCCACCGCCACCGCCCACAGCUUGA